AUGGCUAAACCUUCUAAAGCUACCAAGAAGUUUCAAAAGUCUCAUCUCAAGCGGACUGUUGACCAGAGACGAGUCGAGCAGAAAUACAAGCAAAAGCAUUUAAAUGGAAAGAAAAAGGGAAUCAGCUCUAAACGUGGUCGUGAUAACGGAGAAAAUGACAGUGAUGAAGCUGAUUCUGAAGACCAACAAGAUGAUGAUGGAAAGACCGAGCGAGUGUUUGGAAAUGAUUCGGUUGAAGAGUUUUUAGAGCAAGACGACCUCGUCCCUAAAAUGAAUGGUAAAAAGUCAAAAUCCAAGAAACAAAAGGCUGCUAGUCACAAGGACGAAUUAGCAUCUUUGGCUGAAAAAGACCCUGAAUUCUACAAAUAUUUACAAGAAAAUGAUAAGGAUUUGUUAAACUUUGACCCUGAUUCUAUUUUGGGUGAGGACGACGAUGAAGAAGAAGAGGCCGAAGAGAAUGAUGAAGAUGAGGAGGACAAGAAGUCUUCUAAGAAAUCGAAAAAGUCCAAAAAGUCAGCUGCUGCUGAUGAUGCAUCUGAAGACGAAGAAGAUGAUUCUGCUAGCUCUGAAGUUACUGCUAAAGAUGUUGGUACAUGGGCCAAGAGUCUUAAAGAAGAGAAAUCAUUGCGUGCCUUGAGAAAGGUGCUCAAGGCUUUCAGUGCUGCUGUUCAUAUGACCGAAAAUAACACCAAUGAUGAAAAUGAAUACAAGUACUCUGUCACUGAUCCUGAAGUAUUCAACUCUCUUAUGUUGUUGGCAUUAGAACAAGGUCCAGCUGUUAUCAGAUUCCAUCUUCCCUUGACCAAGGGUGAAAAUGGAGCUAAAUCCACUCCCGUUGAAAACAAGAAACUCAAAUCAUUGUCAAGCACACUUAGAUCUCACUUGGUUUCACUGACUGUUUUGUUAAAUGGAAAUCACAAUAAAAGCACCAUUACUUUAAUUCUCAAGUCAGUGUUGGACUUGUUGCCAUACUUUUUGUCUUAUAGAAACUUGAUCAAGGAUCUUGUUAAUGCAGUUGUCAAGGUAUGGGGCUCUUCUGAAGAUGAUGAAGCUCGUUUGGCUGCAUUCUCGUUUCUCAAGACCGCAACGGAAGCCUAUCAAAAGUCGCUGCUUGAAGUUGUGCUCAAGAGCACAUACGGUGGUAUCGUUAAAGCCAGUAGAAGAACUACUGUCCACACCAUGCCAUCUAUCAACCUCAUGAAGAAUUCAGCUGUGACGCUGUUCGGAAUCGAUGCUACCGUGUCAUACCAACAAGGUUUCCAGUUUAUUCGUCAACUGGCUGUUCACUUGCGUACUAGUAUCUCCAACAAGACGGCCGAGUCUUACAAAGCCAUUUAUAACUGGCAAUACUGUCAUUCUCUGGAUUUCUGGUCUAGAGUUAUCUCAUAUUAUCACCACAAUAGCAAUAAGGCCAAUCCUCUUCAUGAACUGAUUCAUCCUUUAGUACAAAUCACUCUGGGUGCUAUCCGUCUUAUUCCAACUCCUCAAUACUUCCCACUGAGAUUUUAUUUGAUCCGAAGUUUACUCCGUAUCUCCCAACAGACUGGUGUUUAUAUUCCUAUUCUGCCAUUGUUGAUGGAAAUCUUGAGCUCUACAAUCAUCACUAAACAAGCCAAGCCCAGUACGUUACGUCCUCUUGACUUUGAUCACAACAUCCGUGCUGGUAAAGCAUACCUGGGUACUAGAGUGUAUCAGGAUGGCGUUUCUGAGCAAUUCAUUGACCUCGUUGGCGAGUUUUUCGUUCUUCACAGUAAAUCCAUUGCAUUCCCCGAGCUCAGCAUUCCUGCUAUCAUUGCACUUAAGCGAUUUGCCAAGCGUAGCAAGAAUGUCAAAUUUAAUAAACAAAUCCAACGACUGGUAGAGAAGCUUGACCAAAACACCAAGUUUAUUGAACAAAAGAGAAACAAUGUGGACUUUGGACCAACAAACAAAGAGCAAGUCAAUGCAUUCCUUAAAGAUCAGGAAUGGCAGAAGACUCCUCUCGGUGCUUACAUUGUUGUUCAACGUGAGGUGCGAGAAGAAAGAGCAAGAAUCUUGCGUGAGUCUCUUGAAGAAGAAAAAGCUGAAGAGUCAUCUCGCAAGAACAAAGCUGCUGCCAAGGCCAAUGGAUAUGAUGAAAGUGAUAUUGAGAUGGAUCUCAACAGUGAGUCUGAGUCUGAGUCUGAACCUGCUUCUGCCUCAGAGGCUGAGUCUGAUGACGAGUAA